CAAUGGAGGCAAAACUACCGUGUAUCACGGAUCGAUCUCUCCACAAGGAAAUGCUACUCGACCGGGAGGUCCCACCGGAGUUUUAUCCGUUUUAAUACGCCGAUCUGGCUCUCUUCCCUCUCCAAUUACCAUCGUCUCCCCCAUCCUGUUUUCCUUCUCUUCCACUGAACAUGGCCUUUUUUCUCUCUUCUCUCAUCUCAAAACCCCAAAACCUCGCCACCCCUCCCAAACAAACAAUAAAAUCAGGAGCAACAAAAGCAACACCAAUAUCAAUACCUAUGAUAAGAACAAAUAAUAUUCCGACCAGCGCUGCGCGAAGAAACACUCUCACUAUUCGCUGCUCUUCUUCUUCUUCCUCUUCUCCAUCGCCGACAGCCGCUCCCCCUCCGAAGGCGAAGAUCGUGCGGUGCCCCGCGCUGGACCGGCAGGCGGCCCGGAGCAGCCGGCUCCGGUUCGCCCGCAAGCUGACGGCUCUGCUGCUGUCGAAGCGCCGCCGCUUCCUCCCCCUCCGCGUCCUCCGGCGCUGCCGGCCCUACCUCGGCCUCUCCCCUCCCCGCCCGCUCCUCCCCAUGAUCCUCCGCUACCCCUCCCUCUUCCGCCUCUUCCGCUCGCCCACCUCCUCCGCCCUCUCCGUCGCCCUCACCCCCGCCGCCUCCGCCCUCGCCGACCGCCAGCUCUCCCUCCAGUCCUCCCUCCAGUCCUCCCUGCCCGCCAAGCUCCACCGCCUGCUCAUGCUCGCCCCCCACGGCCGCCUUCUCCUCGCCAAGCUCGCCCACCUCGCUCCCGACCUCGGCCUCCCUCGCGACUUCCCUUCCGCGGUCUGCCCCCGCCACCCCCACCGCUUCGCCCUCGUCGACACCUCCUACGGCCGCGCCCUCCAGCUCACCUCCUGGGACCCCUCCCUCGCCUCCCCCUCCCCCCCUCUCCGCCCCUCCCCUUCCCCCUCCUCCGACCGCAUCCUCGACCGCCCCCUCAAAUUCCACCACCUCCACCUCCCCCUCCCCCUCCCCCGCGGCCUCAACCUUCGCCGCCGCCACCGCGACUACCUCAUCCGCUUCCACGCCCUCCCCGCCCCCUCCCCGUAUAAUAACAGAAACAGUGACAGCUACAAUGAUGAGCUUGCCGUGGAGGAUGAGAUGCUUGCGGAGAGGGAGAGGCUGAUGGAGUUGGUUAGGGAGGGGAAGAGGAUGAGAAGAGAGAUGAGGAGAGGUACGCCGAUCGACAAUAUUAAUUGUAGGGGCGUAGAGGAAGAAGAAGAAGAAGAGCAGGAAGAAGAGGAAGAGGAUGGGUUUGAGGAUUUGCUCGAGUUCGGGAUCGGCGGGGAGGAUUGGGAGGAGAUUUACGGUGAAGAGGGUGGUGAGGAUGAUGGGGAUGAGGGAGGCGAUGUUGAGGAGUUUUGGGUGAAGAGAGCAGCUGCUGCUGGGUUGGUCGGCGAUGGAGAGCCAAAGGACUUGGAAGUUUGGUGAUUAGGAGAGACUCACCAGGUGUUUGUUGUUUUGUCUCUGCGAAAAAAUGGCUGCUGCUUAAAUCUUAAUAUAACACUUUCGACAUGAAGUCGACCGUAUAUAAUGCAAUCGUUCCAUACAGUGGUGUGCAAUACUUCAAUCUUUUGGUUUAGGUAUCUUUGACUCAAGUGCGGCUUCUACGAAAGUGCUGUUUAUGUGAAAAUGUUGAUACAAGAAGAAGAGCUUAACUAGGGUGAUAAGACAGAAAGACGCAUUAUGAAAGGAGCCAGUUGAGUGAAGCCACUAGGAUGAGCGUUCUAUCGAUCAGCUAAGAGGCUAGUGUUCGUUGUUUCAGGACUUGAUGUCCUCAGAAUUUUCAGUAGUUCUGAUUUGGGAGAGAAAGGGGGAGAGGGAGAGAGAUUGCAGGGAUGGGUCUCAAAUUGGGGAAAAUGUGAGAGAAAAAGGUUAAACUUUGGGGAGGAGAGAACUCAACCGGGGAGGAAUCUUACACUGAAAAAACCAAAUCUCAAUCUCUUCAAUUUUCAAGGUUCUUAAGCAUAGAAGGUAAGAUUGCGAAGAUGGAUCUUAACUGGGGAAAGAGAUGUGAGAGGGAAAGGUUGAUUUGUGGAGGAGAAGAAUUUUGAUUUUGAUCUCGCACAUUUAAAAGGAGGAAAGAAGAAAAUAUGUUGCCCUCACGGCCCUGCAACUUACAAUAACUUUUUAGAGUUACAACAUCAGUCUCAGGCGAACAAACGAGGCCUUGCUUGAUGGGACAUCCAUUCCUUAGUAUUCCAGAUCAUAUCUUGCAGCGGAGAACUCGUGAAACUUGCAAUUUCAGAAAGAUAAAUCUUUUGAAGAACUUGACACGCCACAAUGGUGAAGAUGCUCUAAAAGGUGGGGCAGUGAAGAACCAAAAGGCACUUUGGGACAAAUCUUUGGAGCUCAGAUUCUUACUGCAGAAAGCAUUUGCAAGGUGAAAUAGAUUACCGAAGGUCUACAUUUUGUGGUUCGGAUAUAGCAGUAAAUCAGGCAUAUUCGGAUCUCAUACAGUCAUCCAAACAGACUUUAAAUUAUGUUGGAGCUGCAAGAGGCUUUGCUUGAGAGGAAUCUUUCUAUUACUCGCAGCACAAAUGCUUGAAUAUUCCCAAAUAGCCGGAUAACUUUUGAGCUUGCUACUUCUUUUCACAUCACCUAAAUUGCACCAUUCAGAAAUAAUGAAGUAGACAAGUGGCAGAGGAAGACACAAGUGAGAACUGGCGCUGCUGCUUUCUGAGGCAAAUUGCAUGCUUUUAAUCAGAAAAUUAGUGAUCAAGUAAGUGCUUACAUGAGAGACACAAGCAGAAUGAUUAAGAGGAUGCAAUUAAGAAGAUCAUCUGUUGAUAUAUUUGGAAAAGUUCCUGAGGAGGCUGACAAUAAAAAUGAGGUUUGACGUAAUCCUGACUCCUUCUGUAUAGGCAUUUUAAUAUUAUUUUUGUAACCGAAGCAUUGCUAUUUCUUAGCGCGCAAUCACUCUAAUAUAAGAUGUUAUUUACUUUAAGAUUCCUCUGGCGCAGAAGGGAUCAAAGGAUACAUAUUUUAGUUUCCAACACUUUAGUAGCCUUGGAUAAUCAUUUAUUUGCUUCUGGUAUAUAUUCACAUGGUGAAGUAAUAUUCCUGUGCCUAGCCAAGUUUUAAAAUUCAUCAAAAGUUUGUGAUUUCA